AUUGCAUUGCGUUGACAAUGACGCCAGUCCGAGGUGUUGUCCUGAUUGGCGACCCCGACCAACUUUCGCCCACGGUAAUCUCUGAGCAUGGGCCCAACAAGGGAGCGAGGUUUCUUAAACGCUCUCUCAUGGAAAGGCUUUAUAGAGCCGGUUAUCCCUGCAUCAUGCUCCGGACAAACUAUCGGAAUCAUAGCCAGAUUCUAGAUUUGUUCAACCGUGGGAUGUACAGGGGGGAGCUCGUCCCCGGCCCCGAAAAUGACAGGCUCGAGCGGGUUGGCAGAGCGUGGGAUUCCUUUACUGGAUCCCGUCACUGGUUUCGAGCCCUUAACGUUCAGGGCGUGCGUCGACUGUUUAUUAGCGUCGAGGGAAAAGCUAGGCGCAUGGAAAACAGUCUGUCCUGGUCCAAUGACAGCCAGGUGUACGUGCUCUGCCAGCUUCUGAGGUCCCUGUACUCGUACCAGACGCCCAACGGCGACAGCGUCCGCCCUGAGGACGUCAUGAUAAUAAGCGCGUACAAAGACCAGAAAGUUCUUGUACAACGGAUCUGAGCCAGCACCAGGUUAGAUACCGCGACAACCUUACAGUGGAUGCCGCUCAGGGCCAAGAGGCACCAAUCGUGGUGUUUCUGAUGACCAAGCCCUCGCAGAAUGUCGCCAGCGCAGGUUUCAUGGCAGACGCAAAUCGGCUUAACAUC